AUGGAGACCCAGAGGGCUGGCCUCUCGCUGGGACGGUGGUCACUGUGUCUCCUGCUGCUGGGACUAGUGCUGCCCUCGGCCAGGGCCCGGGCAUUCAGCUACAGGGAGGCCGUGCUUCGUGCUGUGGAUCAGUUCAAUGAGAGGUCCUCAGAAGCUAAUCUCUACCGCCUCCUGGAGCUAGACCCGCCUCCCGAGCAGGACGCGGAGGACCGGGGAGCACGAAAGCCUGUGAGCUUCAGGGUGAAGGAGACUGUGUGCCCCAGGACGAGCCAGCAGCCCGUGGAGCAGUGUGACUUCAGGGAGAAUGGGCUGGUGAAACAGUGUGUGGGGACAGUCACUCGGUACUGGAUCAGGGGUGACUUCGACAUCACCUGUAAUGAUAUUCAGAGUGUGGGGCUAUUCCGCCGGCUGCGGGACUCACUCCGAAGAGGUGGGCAGAAAAUCCUCGAAAAAGCAGAGAGAAUUGGUGACAGAAUCAAAGAUACCUUCAGGGGAUGA